AUGAAUCGAAUCUACGCGGGACUGAUCAGCGAUCCUCACCCCACAACAGCCAAGAGCACCCAACCUCAGCCAUACAGAAGUAACCAUGCCCUGCUCACAUCAGACCAGAGGAAAGCCAAUCCCCACUCUGCCUGUUGUAGUCUGACUCUCGAUCUCUCUUGUGUCAAACCUAGCUAGAAGUGCAAAAAACUGAAAGAGAAUGGUGGUUCGAUUGCGAUUGCAACGCUUCGGGCGAACCCAUGCUCCCUUUUAUCGAAUGGUGGCGGCUCACUCCAAGGCCCCUCGAGACGGUCGAUUCCUGGAGAUUGUUGGCACCUACAAUCCUAUUGCGAACCGCCAUGGAAUGAAGGAAAUUCGACUCAAGACAGAUCGCCUCAAGUACUGGAUUGCUGUGGGCGCUCAACCAUCGGACAGAGUGGCUUGGGUAUUGGGAAAAUUCGGGAUUUUGCCACCACCUCCAAGAAGAACGUCCUUUGAAUCUGCAGUGCCAAAGAAAGAUCGGAAUAAAGAUGAUUAGCAAUAGAAAAGAUAUAAAUUUAAUCAGACACUUGCUAUUUU